CAUCUACGUGGAUAAAAUGUUUCAUAUAAAAAGUGAUCACAUCAACCUGUUAUCAAAUAAUUUCAAAUCAAAUUUCAUACGAGAUGUUGUAGUGUAAUUCGAAUAAACUACAAAAUGCGUUCGAUUUCAUUCGUGACAAUAUUCUCGAUUUUUCUAUUCAUUCAGUUGGUCAACAGUGAAAAGCCCCUUACUUUUGCUAAACUUUUGAAUAAAUUUUAUUCCCGAGCAAAAAAUACGAAACCAAAAUUUGAUUUCCUUCUUAAAAUCACCAAAGAUGUCGAUUCAAUUAAGCAAACGCUUGAGCAUCUUCCUGCUAGACCAUUUAUGGACGAAAGCUUGUAUGAGCAACAUUUGACCCAUGUACCGAAGAACAUGAAACUUAAUGGAACCGAAGCACGUCAGUUUUUGCGUGAAAAAAUCGAGGCAAUUAACGAGGGACAAACAACAUCAAUUAAAGCCAUAGAUGAUGUGAUAUGCACAAGAAUGUCAUUCAAAUCGCAUGGUAUACAAGACUCAGCCAUCGAAGAGUCGUAUCAGAAUUGGGUUGAUAAUUCUUUCGAUUCAAACCAUUUGAAACAGAUCAAUGCUGACUAUCCAACUAUGAAAUCAAAAUUUGAUAAUUGGCACAAAAUGUUCAAUGAAGAUAUCACAGAAGCAAACGCAUUAAGGGCUGAAAUCAAAGCUAACAUCAAUAAAUCGGUCACCAUAUUUAGAAACUUAGCAAGAAUACCUGAAAAAGCAGUGAAAAUUACUGAAAAUGAUGUCGAUACCUUGUUAGAUACAAUACUUGCCAGGCAGUAUCGAUUGAUUGAAAGGCUUGAAAGCAUAUCAAAUACUUUAUCCAAGUACAAUGCGGAACGUAUUAAAUGGACUGAAUUUUUAAUCGGGAUGCGUGCAACACUUGAGUCAAAUCCAAAACCAGUUGAUUUAAUUGCAAAAAAGAAAAAAUCAUUUUUUUAAUGCAAGGCCUACAGACAAAAAAUCGUUUCGAAAAAAAAUUGUACACACUAUAUAAUAGAAAUAUAAUGUUUUCAAAUAAAAAUUUUAA